CUCCUGCUGCCACUGCAGCUUGCUCGUGAGGAAUUCGUUGGCGGUGGACUGCUGGUAGUGGUAGAGAGUAGACAGACAGAGACGCCGCGGUCUGCGGCAUUGUUCGAGGGGAGCGCCGGGGUGAUGCUGGUGGGCAUGGACGGGGAGCUGGAGAUGGCGGCGGCGAGCUCCGAGUACAGCGGAGGCUGCCAGUCCGGCUGGACCACCUACCUCGACGACCACUCCUCCUACUCCUGCGGCACCGCUCGGCUCCACGGCAAGGCGCAGCAGCCGUACUACUGCGAGUACUACUCGGAGGAGGACGACCUGUCCAUGAUUUCCGACGCCUCCUCCGGCCCGCGACAGCAGAGCUCCGCCGGCAAUGACGUGGAAGGUGGCGCCGCCGCGCACGCCAAUGCGGAGAGGAGAGGGAGGCGGGAGGAGGCCGCCGCGGCGAGGCGGCAGAGCAAGAGGGCAGCCGCCGCGGCUCUGCUCGAAGACACGGCCAGCUCGCCGGCCUUCUUCAGCUACUCCAAGGCGAUGAGCUCGGGAGAGGCCAAUGGCUACGGCAACGCGGAUGCCCCGAUGAUGGAGAUCGGCAAUGCGGCCGACUUCUCCUGCGCCUUCUCCGCCACGUCGGGCUUCAAGUCUCCUUUGGGCGGCUACCUGCAAAUGCAGUACUCCCCGGCGCCUGUCAAGCCGAUGCCCACCAGACAAGUGUGCAUAGAUGGGGUUGAGAAGAAGAGGUGGUGACUGUUGAGUGCCGAGGAGCUCUUGCUGAUGCUGGUUUUUCGAAGGAUGUUCAUGGCAUGCUCCGCUCUGCUCUGUUCUUGGGAGCAAGAGGAAAUGGGCAGCUAGAGUGUGUUUGAAAGCCUUCAGAUUUCUUAAGAGAUCUUUCCAUUAAUCCCCAUCUGUUUUGUCAUCUCUCUCCCUUCUGUGUUUCACUGUGACUCUACCCCUGUUCCUCCCAAUCUGUAGUUAGUAUCCCACUUGUUAGCAUGUCAUUGCAGUGGGAAACAACAACCUGAGGCAAAACAAGCGCGCGAACGUGAAAUCUCUUUUGCACCUCGCAGUCAUACGCUACUGCUUUGUCACUGUGAAUGUGAUC